UCGCAACGCGUAAAAAUUUACUUUCCUCUGUAAUAAACUGUUCAGUCGAAAUGAGAAAGAGGACUUCGAAGCCUUCGAAACAUUCAUCAGCCGAAACCACGUCUAUAUGUCGAAUGUGCCUAUCGACGGAUGGCGCUUUGGAGCCGAUUACUUCCGAUGAACGAGGCGCAUAUCUUUUGCAACAAAUAUUCGCCAGUACGCAGGUUGAAAUGAAACUAUUACCGCAAUUUCCAUCGUAUUUGUGUUCGACCUGCGAAUCGCGCUUGGAUUCAUGGGAUAAGUUUCGCUGCCUAUGCGUCCUAAAGAAUGAAAAAGUCCAACGAUUUCUUAAAGAGGUGGACACACCAAAUUUAACCGCUGCCGAAAUAACUGCAGAACUUCCGAACAUAACGGAUGGCGUUAAAUCUGUGUGGAUCAAAACUGAGGUUGUCGAAGAAGAUUGUCAAUCGAAUCGAAUGGCUUCUAUUUCACAACAGAUAAGAACAUGCGACUAUUAUCGUCGUGACGAUUUAUUUGAGGCAGAGGAGGAAUCGCUGGAAACAAUUUUGAAACGGGAACCAAUGGACGAGCAACAACUACAAUUAUCGGUUGCAGAUCGGAAAGAUGAGCAUAAUAUGCUCAAGACGAAUCUUUCCGUUUUUAACCAUAAGGUUCAAGGAGAAGCUUCUAUGGCAGGAAAGACCAUUACGAGUGAAGGGAAAGACCAUGACGACACUGUAUCAAUCAAGGAUGAAAACAAUUCUUGUACCUCCCAUGACGCCGAUGGCCCCACAUUGAGUAAAAUGGAUCCUAAUACUGACGAAGAUUCAGAAAAUCCUUGUCAUCCAUCUGUCUCGACAGUUAACGAGCAGGGACUGUUGCCGUCGAAUGAACACCGAAGUCCCCAACAAGAUAUCACCGUAGCAGAGUCUAAAGAUUCGUCCAAACAUGGCUCAAAAAUUGGCACUAAUGUCCACAAAAUAAUACAAAACCACAAAUGCUCACAUUGUUCCGCUACCUAUCCAUACGCAUACAUGCUGAAGAUUCAUCUUCGCACGCACACCGGUGAGAAGCCAUUCCAGUGCAAUGUCAGUGACAAAGCGUUCCAUUCACAUAAGGAGGCACACCGGUGA